AUGUGUGAGAUUGGGAAAAGAAUGCCAAGUUCCCGAAGUCAAGCAGAGGAAGCGGAAAGCUCGCCGUAUGUACGUGGCCGAGUGGAACAGCUGGAGAGCAGCUACUCGGAGAUUCUAUCCUUGCUUCGAGACCGCAAGUCACUAUCUGAGGCCAAUGACACCUCCGCCAUGUCCAACUCAACGCCAUCCAAUACAUGCUCGCAGCUAUCACAGAGUCCAGAUCUGGUGUCGCCGCCAGGCUUCCAUUCAAGCCAGCCCGAGGCCGCCAGCAACUAUUUGCUGGAGAUACCUCCGGAGGAGUGUCAGAACUUGAUCAACGACUAUCGACGCAUGUCUUCACACAAUUUUCCCUAUGUCAUCAUCUCGGAAGCUUGUCCAGUCGCCUCAUUGAUCGAGGAAAGGCCAAUGCUUGCCCAAGCAGUCUUCAUUACUACGACCUGGCGGACACCAGCACGGCAAUCCGCAUUAAAAGACAAAUUCCUCAAGGACCUAGGAGAGAGAUAUUUUAACAAGUCGGAACGGUCCUUGGAUCUCCUUCAAGCAUUGAUUGUAUACUUUGGCUGGUGCCAUUGGCAUGCUCACCCCGUCGCGACCCAAGUCUACAGGCUAGCAUCACUCGUUGUAGCCCUAGCGGUAGAACUCGGCAUCGACCAGAAACCCAUGAACGUCACACAGCACGAUAUGAUUGUCGGCUCCAAUACUGUCCUCGCACAGACACACGAGGCCGUAUCGUCAAAGUUCUGGGGCUAUGAGGCCCGAAGAGCGUAUAUCGGAGCGUACACCAUCUCGACUUUUGGUUUAUUUAUGUUCAGAAAGCCCUGUAUGUUGACUUACACUCAAUAUCUCGAAGACUGUGCUUCCUCCCUGGCCGCAGACCCGCAACAUUCUUCGGAUACCACACUCAUUCAUAUGAUUCGCACCUUGCGCAUCGCCGAAGAGGUCACUUACUCCUUCGACCACGGAUCUAAAGAGAAAGUCGGUGAGCUCAGCGACGAGAAAAUCCAAAUUCUGGUCAGAGCGUUGUCAAGGCAGGUGGACGAAUGGAAAGUAUCGCUUCCACCAGGAGUCUUCAACAUUGGUCGUAUAAAACGCUCUUAUUACAGCGUUCGAGCAUACAUGCGCGAGGUCGGGCUUUAUGGCCUGCUCCAAGGCCAAGCGCCGUCCGUGGCCCGCGUGUCGAUCAUCUACGACUGCUUCAACUCCACCAUGAAAUACCUUUCGUCGGUCCUCGAGUGUCCCAUGGACGAGAUGGCCGACUGGACAGCUCUGGAUUGGCGCUCCCUGAAUUUCAUCAUCAUGCUGUCCACCAAAUCAUCCAUCAUUCUCGACUCGGCCUACGUUAGCACCGAGGCAUCCCAACGCGCUGCCUGGCUGGGGAAAUGUCUAGACACACUAUGCCUACGAGCCCAAGAACUUCACCGUCUCAAAACUGAGAGUUCCAGCUAUUUUCAGAAGAUCUCGACUGAGUGGGCCAACAUGAAGGUCUAUCAUCAGAACUGCCUCCAAAGAAGCCUUCCAUCUUCGACCGCAGCGAAUGGUGCCCAGAUGCCAACGCAACUGGCUACGCAGGAACACCAAACGUGCAAUGUUCCCUAUGUCGACAACGCCUUUGACCUGGACCCGUUCAACCAGCUGUUUUGGGCCGGAUUCGCCGACUCUGAGCCGGGCCUUGGUGGUGUUUUCCCAAUGUAA